GAAAAGUCAGAUUUUCCGCGGAUGCUCAGUCUUGCCUGGGCUCUCGACGGAAACGAAGUCAUCAGAAGUGAGAGUGGAAAGGUGUGAAGAAGCUCUUCUAUAAGGAUCUUGUUAAGGGCUGCAGAAUGUGGGCGGCGAAAUAUGUUUUAUGUGCGCUGACAUGCGUUGCAUUUGCUACAGCUUCUCCAAGCUCAGAGCGCAGGAGGAAAAAUAUAAUGGAUGUUAUCGAGGAUGCAGAUGUGCCCCCCUCCUUGGCAAACACUUUGGAUAUGAGUUGCUCGGCGGCACAGAUCCAUCCGCCGGUAAUAAGUCAUGGCACGGUGGUCAAUUUCGAUCGCCGUCGGAAGGGCAAAAGGGUUUUCCUGGUGGCCUUUUUCGCUUGUAGCGAGAACUUUGUGUUUGAAAACAAGAGCACCAUGUACUGUUCAAACGAAACUUGGGUGGGUGAAAUCCCAACCUGCAUUCGUUCGGUUGAUUACACUGAAGGCGAGAUCGAAGAGUUCGAUGACGAGGAGGAACUCGACGAGUACGAGACGGUUCCCGAGAAUGAAGCCGAAAGUGACUAUGAUGAGGAUAGGGAGCCUCUGAAUAAUGAACAAGAACCACCACCGCCACCACCUCCGCCGGUGAAGGAGGAAGUCGCACCGCCAACUGAGUCAGAAUCAAAGCCCGAACCAGAAAUCGUUAUUCAUAUUAAUGACGAUGGAGUGAUUCAAACUUCAGAAGAAGAGAUUCCAGCUCCAGAAGGAGAGACAAAAGCUCAAGAACAACCCGAAAACACAACCGAUCUCAACAAUCCGGAAAUUGAGGUCCUAACCGAAACAUUUACCCCUAAUAACACAUCGGUGGAGCUAACAAAGGAUCCUUACGAGCCAACCUUAGUAGACAAUAAUUGUGGAGAGGACAAUGGCGGUUGUGAGCAUAUUUGCAAUCGAUGGCUAAAUCCAGAUGAAAACGAACCCGUACAAAAGUGCGACUGUCGAAAGGGUUUCACCCUGAAUCCUGAGGAUUACAAGAGCUGUCUGGAUAUCGACGAGUGCCAGGAGUCGAAUGGCGGUUGCUCGGAAAUUUGCGAAAAUCUUCCCGGAGAGUAUAGAUGCACUUGCCAAGUUGAUUUUUAUAUAGAUCCGACGGACGGAAAAACUUGUGUGUCUGAGACAACCGAUGUUGCGGCGGAAGUUACUGAAGUCACCACACCCAAAACAUCUUGCAAUCCGGGUUUCCAACUCUCGGCCGAUGGCACCGAAUGUGAGGAUAUUAACGAGUGCGCAGUGCAGAACGCGGAGGACCUGAAGGACAACUGCCAUCAAAUAUGUGAGAACGUCAUCGGAUCCUUCCGUUGCCGUUGCUUAGAGGGCUUUCAUUUGCUUGCGGAUGCGCGAACUUGUGCCUUGGAUACCUGUGAGGAUCUGAAGAAUCCGGAAUUGAAUCGCACUCGCUGUGCUCACGAAUGCGAGGAUCUUCCCAACGGAAACUACCAAUGCAAGUGUCCCAAGGGCUACGAACUGGAUAAGGAUUUGCAUUCGUGUGUGGUCAAGGAAUCACCUUGCUCCAGCCAGAACGGAACCGAGCAAUGCUUGCCGGGAACCUGUUUCCCCAGCGAGGACAACACCAGCUUCAGUUGUAUCUGUCCCACGGGCUAUCGCAUCGUGGCCUCCGGUUGCCAGGACAUCGACGAGUGUGCCGAUGAUACGCAUCUGUGCAGUCACAGCUGCCAGAACACCCAGGGUGGCUACCAGUGUAUCUGUCCCGAGGGACUCAACCUGGUCGAGGACUACACCUGCGUGGCCGAGGAUCGCUGCGAGGUGAACAACAACGGCUGCGAGCAGAUCUGCCUGACUGCCCGCGGAGGUGCCUGCUCCUGUCGCGAAGGAUUCCGCCUGAGUCCGGAUGGCAAGAGCUGCGAGGAUGUGGACGAGUGCCAGGCGAACAACGGCGGCUGCCAGCAGCUGUGCCGCAAUCUGCCAGGUUCGUAUGGUUGCCUCUGCGCCGCCGGCUAUGAGCUCCUCAAGCUGGACGGCCUGCGCGGCUAUUGCUUCGACAUCGACGAGUGCUCGCGGGGAGUUCACGAUUGCAGCGAGCAAAUGCUUUGCGAGAACCUCAACGGUUCCUACACCUGCCUCUGUCCACCUGGCUAUGCCCUGGGCUUGGACAAGCGCAUCACCAACACCACCAUCACAUCACCAAACAACACCUCAUUAACGCAUGAUUCAAUCCCAUUCGAACAUCCAUCACCACCCGCUUGCUUGGACAUCGAUGAGUGCUCCCUGGCCAACGGGAACUGCUCGCACUUCUGCCAAAACGAGCCGGGUGGCUUCCAGUGCGCCUGUCCCUUGGGCUAUGCCCUUUCGGAGGACAUGCGCACCUGCCAGGACAUCGACGAGUGCAUCGAUGGCAAUGGCCAGUGCUCGCAUCUCUGCUUGAAUCAACCGGGGGGCUUCGCCUGCGCCUGCGAGUCGGGCUUCCAGCUAACCGCCGAUGGCUUCGGCUGCUCCGACAUCGACGAGUGCUCGCAGAACUACGGCAACUGUAGCGACAUUUGCAUCAAUCUUCUAGGUGGCCAUGCCUGUGCCUGCGAACGGGGUUACGAGUUGGCCGCGGACAGGAAGACCUGCCAGGAUGUGGACGAGUGCGCGGGCCUGCUCUCCGGCGGUUGCACCCACGAGUGCAUCAACAAGGUCGGAUCCUUCGAGUGCGGCUGUCCCGUGGGCUACGUCCUCAACGAAGACAGUCGCAGUUGCAGUCCCGCUCUGGUGGGAUGUCCUCCCGGCACCGAGCGAUCUUCCGAGGGCUGUUUGCCCAUUAAAUGUGACGCGGGUUUUGUCCUGGGAUCUGGCAAGGAGUGUGUGGACGUCGACGAGUGCCAGGAGAAGAACGGCGGCUGCUCGCAUCGCUGUUCGAACAGCGAGGGUUCCUUCAAGUGCAGCUGUCCACCGGGCUACAGAUUGGAUAGCGACCGCAAGACUUGCAGGGAUAUCGAUGAGUGUGCGGAGGACAAGACGAGUUGUGUCUCCGGAAAGUGUGUAAACGAGAUCGGAGGUUUCCGCUGCGAGUUCGCUUCCUUUUCUGACUUGCCGGAUGUUCCAAUAGUUUCAACAUUGCCCAAGCCGGAGUCCAAGGAUCCCAAGUACCCUGACUUUACCGAACUGUCAAAUGAAAUACCAGUUGCGAAGUUUCCAGAUUUCGCUGAAUUACCCAAGCGAAAGUUCCCCUCAUUACCAGAGUGGCCAACGCGAGCCACUCCAAGGUUGCCAUCCUUGGAUGACUUGCCCACAACGAAAGCCACUGUCUCGAAGCCUUCUGAAAAGCCAAGGACUCCUUGGGUUAAUCCGUUCCAGCCCAGGGAUCUCUGUCCUCGAUUCCAGGCACCGCGCAAUGGCAAAUCCCACUGCAAUAGGUAUCGCCAUAAGCAGAAGCAUUUCUACAACAGUCGCUGCCGGAUCACCUGCAAUCCGGGAUAUGUUCUAGACGGUCCGGAAAUCAAGAGUUGUGGUGAAUCUGGAGUUUGGGAGGGCCCCGAAUCCAAGUGUGUGGCUCUUAAACAGCCUCGUGUUCAGCAGCGAGGAAUUUGUCCUGCUCUGCAGCCCGCUCGCAAUGGAGUCAUAACACCGGCCAGCUGCACUCAAGGUCCCUCCAGAUUCGGAGACAUCUGCUCAUUAAGUUGCAAUCCUGGAUUCAGACCCACCGGACCCCUGCUGACCUCCUGCAUGGUUUUGCAGGGCUGGUCCUUUGGUGGCAACCUCAACUGCCAGCCCUUUGAUAAUGGUUUGUUUGGCAAUCGCAUCAACUGGCCCCAAUGGAAUACUCUGCCGAAAGUGACACCCCUUCAAACAGAGCAAGUUCAAGGGGUCCGGCCGUACAUAAAGUGUCCGACGAAUGUGGUAAUCUCCCUGCAUCGCGGAGAACGAAAGGUUCAUGUCACUCUGCAGAAACCCGAAACGAAUGUGAAGAACGGUCGCUUGGUUGCCCAUCCCACUUGGGCGGGUCAGCUUCAAGGUCAUCUGCCAGCUGGAGUUCAUAAGGUCGACUUCAGAGUCACCGAUCCGGAGAGCAGGCAAACAAUUGGUUGUCACACAAUCAUCACUGUUAGAGCGCCAACAACUCUGGAAGCGGAUCUCCUCAGCUUCUCCCCAAGAUCAUCUCUACCCAGGCCAGCCCCAUUCGCCACCUUGGCCACGAGUAGUUCAUCUGCCUUCCCCUCAUUUGAAUCUUUAAAGGAAAGCCCCAAGCCGGUGGUUGCCUUUCCCACAUUUUCCACCCAAAGUGCAACUCGAAAGACAGAAUUUCCAAGCUUCAGUGCCACAAACCCUAAGUCCUUGUCCUACUCCAGGUUGGAGCCCCUUUCCCUGGACUCUGCUCCCCAGCCACAACCGUUUCCCACAUUCUCCACUCACAGUUCGCUCCGUGUGCCGGAAUUCAAAAUUUCCUCAAAUCUUGACUCAUCACCUUAUUCCAAGUUGGAGUCCCUUUCGCAAAAAUCCGACAAUCUGAUUAGUCAGUCUCCUUUGCGUAGCGAAAGCACACGAGUUGAUUUGGGAACGGACACUGCAAACUACUGUCCUCCUUCCAUCGAAGUCCAUUUGAAGGAGCACCAGAGCAUGCGAUCGGUGGCUUGGAAAGAGCCGACAUUCGAGGGCAAAAAACUGACGAUCUUUAAGUCGCAUUUUCCUGGUGCUUUAUUCAAAGUGGGAGAUCAUACAAUCAAAUAUGAGGCUACCACCACCGAUGGAAGAACUCUAAGAUGCAUUUUCUUUAUUCAUGUCAGAUCUGCCAAGCCAACUCCUGCACCUGCUCAGCCGGAAAUUACUUUUGAUUCUGAGCCCGAAUCUAUUUCGGCUCCCGCCCAACUUCGACUUUUGAAUGAACCCGGGACAUAUGUUGUCUGUCCCGAUAAGGAGCCCGUCCGGGUCACUGCGGAGCAAUCUGUCGAUCUGCCAGUUGGCUGCACUCUGAAGAAUGUGAGCCCGCAAUUAAAUCGCCAAAGAAACCUAAAACGUGGCACACUCACUUCACUUUGGCGUCCUUUUACCAAUUUUUAAUGAGUGUAACUAUUGGGUUAACUAAAAACAACUAUUUACUACGUGGUGUGAACUAAUGGAUGUGCAAUUAAUAACCAUAUUUUUGUACGACUUUUGUAUGCUUAAUUAAAAUAAAUAUUU